CUGCCUGUAUAUUGCUAGGCUACUACUGCCUCAGGAGCUUCAUCUCUUAUCUCCCACUUGAGGCAGCAUGAAAGCUGCACUUUGGCUCUACUAUGUCUUGUGUCUGGUUUCUUACUGUAAUUCUGUGCCUGAAACUGAGAAGCUGUGGCUUCGCUCAAGUUUCUUGAGCCCAAGGGUAUCUCUACUGGCUAACUCCAUUGAUGCAUCAUGGCUGGUGUCUAUGUCUGGAAAUUGUCAGGGAACAGUUUUGACUCGAUGGUGGGUUCUUUCUACAGCGAACUGCCUGCAGAAGACGAAACUGUCAAACCUGAGCAUUUCAGGAAUCAUCGAUCCACAGAACAUCUUGCAUGGCCAAAAGAUCUGCCUACAUCCCAGGUUUGACCCCACAAAUGGAAAACAUCCAGCCAAAGCAGAUCUAGGCCUCGUUCUUCUUGCAGUGCCUAUCCAUUGGGAUGAAGUAUCACUAUCUCAUGCUCCAGGCAUUUCCUUGAAGAGCUGUUCUAAGUGCCUAUAUAGAAGCUGCCAGGUGUAUCAGUACUGGAGUAACAAGCAGUCGGGGAUCACAAGAGUGAAGAAAGUAUCAGUCCGACUCGUGGAUCUGUCGCUGUGCUAUCCACAUUUUGACCUGACAGAGAUGGAGGGCUUGUGUGUUCAGAGCCAACAAUGGCGGAACUGUUGGGUACAACAAGGCAGUCCUGUCUUGUGUCUCCUAAAGAGCCAUUGGGAAUUAGUUGGCCUGAUACAUAAAUCCUCAUGGAUUUGUCAUAACCCUACAGUUGUCAUCAGAACAUCCCCUUACAUUACCUGGAUGAAACAGUACAUCAAGGCAACCAAGCCACUGAAUCCUACUUCAUCCUUAUACUGCAGGAUACCUCAUGGGAGUACGCAUGUACCCCCAAACAGCCAUGACAAUAACUAUCUCCCACCCCUGGCCCCAAGUAAAUUCUCUCUAGAGUCUUUGAAGGGUAAUUUAGGCUUUUCUCCACUAAUAGAACAUCUCAAAAAAUCUUCCACAACAUUCUUUCAUUUUGAUGGCACAGAUACUUUCACUAACAAUCAUCAGUUUUUGCCUGAAAGAAGUCAGGUCCCCGAACAUAGCAAGUUCCUAGUUGAGCAGUUGUGGACUUCUCCUGUUUCCAGACUAUCAGAAAAUCCAAGAAAUGAAUUAGCUCAAUAUCAUCACUACCGGCCUUCCCCAAAUACAGGUGAUUCAUGGGAUUCUCCAGUAGCUACCACAGCUCAACCUUUUUUAGCUCAACUUGUUUCUGACACAACCAUGUCAUAUAUUCCUUCUAAGACUAAUGUAGCAGAGGGUGAUAAAGUUGAAUCUUGGGAUCAAAUCAUGGCUGAUAUUCUGAAACACUGGAGUUCCGCUAUAGAACAUGUGGAUGAGCCCAGGAAUUCCCAUGCAGCUUCCACUACUAGAUCUUGGGCUCAACCAAUUGAUACUAUAAAAGGACUUUUGGCUCAAUUUACUGAUUCUACAAAUGUAUUUUUGGCUCACCCUACUGAUACUACGAAUCAAUCUUUAACUCAACCUACUGAUACUACAAAUAGAUCUGUGGCUCAACCUACUGAUAUUACAAAUCGAUUUUUGGUUAAACCUACUGAUAGUACAACUGGAUCUCUGAUUCAACCUACUGUUACUACAAAUGGAUAUUGGGCUCAGCCUACUGAUACUACAAAUCCAUCUUUUGCAGAACCUACUGUUACUAUAAAUGUACCUUGGGCUCAACCUAUUGUUACUGCAAUUGGAUCUUGGACUCAACCUACUGAUACUACAAAUGGGUCUUGUGCUCAACUUACUAAUACUACAAAUGGAUCUUCAGUUCAACCUACUGAUACUACAACUAGAUCUUGGACUCAACCUACUGAUACUACAAAUCCAUCUUUGGCUGAACCUACUGUUACUACAAAUGGACUUUUGGUUCAACCUACUGUUUCUACAAAUGGAUCUUUGGUUCAACCUACUGAUACUAUAAAUAGAUCUUGGACUCAACCUACUGAUGCUACAAAUGGAUCCUUAGUUCAACCUAUUGAUUCUACAAAUAGAUCUUGGGCUCAACCUAAUGCUACUACAAAUGGAUCUUUGGUUCAACCUACUGUUACUACAAAUGGAUCUGGCGACUCGGCCUACUGA